AUGGAAUUCUUAAGUAAUAUAUAUGAUAAAGUAUUAUCUGGUUAUGUAUUUACUGAUGUAUUUAUAUAUAAAGAUUGGCCAGAAAAGUUUUUAGGAAAAGAUAUAAAUAAUAAUGAUACUUCAAAAAAUUUGAAUGAAAAUCAAGAAAAUACAAAAGAAAAUUUAAAAGAAAUAUUAGGGACAUUUUUAAAAAAUGGAAAAUUUUCGGAUUCUUUAUGGAUAAAAGAUAAGAUAUUUAUAGGAGAUGAAGGAAUUUGUCUUUUAGGAGAAAUUUUAACGAUAUGCCAAAUAGUAGAAUUUAUAGAUUCAGAAGAUAUUAAAGAGGUAAAAUGCAAUGAGCAAUUUAAAACUAAAAUUUUGGACAAAUUGAAGAGAAAAAUAGCUAAAAAAAGAAAUAGUGAUAUUCUAGAAGAAAAAAUAAAUUCAAAUAUAGCUAUAUGCAAUAGUAAUGAUAAUUAUGAUGAAGGUAAUAAUGAAAAUAAUGAUAAGGAUGAAAAUAAAAACAGUGAUAAAAAUGCCGUAUCGAAUUUUGUUGAAAUGCUUAGUGAAGGAAAAAUGAAUAAAUAUGGUUUUUGCGAAUAUGAUCAAAAAUUUAAUGAAAGAUAUCAUUUAAAUAAUAGUAAUGAUGAUAAUUUUUCUUCUCCAUUAGAACGAUGUAUAUUACAAUUAUCAGAAGAUUAUCUCCAUAAAUAUGUGUGUUUAUUACUGAACACAGGUGGAAAGCAACAAGUACGUAUUUUACGUUUUAAUAAAAAUUGUGUUAACACCAAUAAAUUGUUAGAUACGUUGAAAGGAACAAUAUCUUUUUUAAACGAACUACGGUUUUUGUUUAAGCAUUUUAGAUCUCAAGUAGUUUUAAAAAACAGAAUAUGUCGUGAAUUUUAUGCCUAUAUUAAAUUUCAUAGAGGAGAUCCUAAUUUUAGUGGAACAAAAGCAAUAAAUGAAUUUUUUAGUUCUUUAAAUGAUAAUGCUAUAGAACCUUUGUUUCUUGGAUUAAAUGAGCAAUAUUUAAAUUUAUUAGAAGAAGCAAUAUCUUAUUGCCCAAUUGCAACAUAUUCAUUUUUUAAAAAUAUAAAACUUCUUAAAAAAAUAAAUGUAAAUGCUCCUAGACGUACAUGGAAAGCAGUAUGCAAUUUACAAAAAGUAUAUAAAAAUUUAAAAAAAAUAAAGGAAAAAUUAUCUUUAGAAGAAACAAAAAAUGUUUCUGAUGAAUAUGGAUGUUCCUCUAUUAUUAAUCUUUCAAAAGGUGAAGAUAUAAUUAUUGAAAAUAAUGAUGUAAAAUUGUCAUUGCCUCAAGGUAAUAUAAAUUCUAAUGAAUUAAAAUUAUUAUAUAGAAAAGAACUAAUAUUUAAAAAUAAUAUGAAUGCUAGCAAUGGUACUACUAAUACUAACACUAAUACUACUGUAACUAAUGAUAAUAAUAAUAAUAGUAGUAAUGAUAACGUUAAUUUAUCUGAACAUUAUAGUAGUAUUGUAGUAGGUAAUAACAAAAAUAAUAAUGAUUUAUUUUUUGAUAAUUUAGAUAAUAAAGAUUAUUAUGAUAAAAUGUAUAAUAAUUCAUUAGAUUUAUAUACAGAAGAAAAAAAUUCUAAAAGUUAUGAGAUAAAUAAAUUAAAUGACACUUGUUUAUAUAUUACUUCAGAUGAAGAAUCUCUGCAAAUUGGAAAAAAUAAUUUAAAUUCCAACAUUGAAUUAGAUGAAACAAAUCAAACAAUAGAUGAAAAUAACAAAACCUUAUUGGACGAAAAUAACAAAACCCUAUUGGAUGAAAAUAAUAAAUCAUCAAUAGAAGAUAAUUAUAAAACUGCAGAAGAAAUUGAUAAGACAUUAAAUCAAAAUAGGUUAGUAAGAGAGAAUUCUAUAGAUGAAUUAAGGGUUAAUAUGGUUAAAUUGUUUAAAACAUAUGGUGGUCAAUGUCGUAUUGGAAAAGUACAAGGAAGGUGUGAAGAUGCUACUUUUCAAACAGAUGUCCCACCCGCUUUUGGAAUUUUUGAUGGAGUAGGCUCAUGGAGUUUAGAAGGCAUAGAUGCAUCCAAAUUUUCUAUUGGCUUAUCCUUGGCUUGUCAAAGAGAAGCAGAAAAGCUAUCAAAAAAUAUGAAUGGUUAUGCAAAAGUAUCAUACAAUACUAUAAUUAGAUCUAAAUUAUUAUUAAAAAAUUCUCUUGAAAGCGUAAAAAAGGAAUAUGCUGAUGCUUAUGGUAGUUCUACAGCUAUAGUUGGCAUAUUAGACGAAUAUACAGGAAAAUGUGGUAUAUCAUCUUUAGGAGAUAGUGUAUGUAUGAUAUUAAGAAGGGAAUUUUUGCCAGGUGAUAUUAAUUUUGAAAGAGAAUCAUAUCCUAAGUUUCCGGGAGAAUCAUUUUUAUAUUUUAAUGGGAAAGGAAGAAAUCCCUCUUUAAUUAGAAAAAUUAUAUGGAAAACUAGUGAUCAAAAGUGGGAAAACGGUGCACCAUAUCAGCUAUCAAAUUUACCUGAUCGUAGUCAAUGGAAAGACUUAGAAAAUAGAGGAUUGCAUAGCUUUGUGAAAAUUUUAGAAAAAGUAGACAUUGAUGGAGAUUCUCCAGAUAUGGCAUUAUCUCCCCCUUCUGAAAUCUUAUGUAUGCCAGGAGACUUAAUACUAUUAAUGAGUGAUGGUGUUAGUGAUAACCUAUUUGAUGAAGAAAUAGAAGCUUACUGUACUUUUGCUAUAAGUCCUGAAGAAGCUUGUGAGUUAGGAGAUCCAAGUGUAUUUACGCCUGCUCAAGAUAUAGCUUAUUCUAUUACUAAUAUAGCUAAGAGAAGGAGUGGAGAUAAAAUUCAUUGCAAACCUUUUUAUCCUUUUGUAGGAAAAUAUAGAGAACCAAAUAAAGUUUAUAAAGGUAAUAAAGUAGAUGAUAUUUCGUGUGUAGCUAUAUGGGUUGUUUGCGAAACAGAGAGUAGUGUAAAAGAUUUUGUAAAAAAUCCUAAUGAGCCCUCUACUUUAGAAACAGAUAAAUAUUACAGUAAUAAUUUUAUUCAAAAUUUUAAUAAAAUUACAGAUAUUUGUACUCCAACUAAAACAUUUAUUAAAGAAAAAAAUAAGAUUGAUCGUGUAAAUUUGCAACAAGUAAAUGUAGUAGCACAAAAAAGAAUAAUACCUGAACAAUAUUCUGAACAGAAUAAUGAAAAUACUCCAAGUUGUCAGUUCGCUAUGAAUUUUUUUGAUUCUUCAGAAACUCCUAUUAAAUUCAAUAAUAUAUCAGAUAGCAAAUUUCAAGACUUAAAUGAUAUUGUACUUAAGGAUGAAGAAGAUGUAAGUGAUAAUAAAUGUGAUAACAAUAAUAAUGAAGAAAUAAAUAGGGAGGAAAAAUGUGAUUUUAGUAAGUUAAAAGAAGAUGUUGAUCAAGUAAAAUCUCCAAAAAAUAAUAAUGUAAAAACUAAUUAUAAUGCAAAAGAUUUUCAAGGAGAUGAAUUUGAUCAUACUCCUAGACAAAAAAUGUCAGAUGUUCAUUUAAAUGAGCAAAUAGAAAAAAUAAAUAAAAUGUAUAUUAAAACACCUUUAUUGUUUUCAGAUCAAAUUUUUAAAAAGAAUAAGGAAAAUAUAAAAAACUCUGAUUCGAAUAAUUUCGAAAUAAAAAAUAAAACACAACAAAUUAUACCAGAUAAUCAUUAUGAAACUCCUAUAAAGCAAAUGCCUAUAAAGGAGACGCAUAAUAUAGUUAUGCCUAAUAAUGAAAAUCCUUUAAUAAAUGUAUUUAUAAAUAAUGAAACACCCAUCAAAGCAUUUAAUACCAAAGAAACCUCAUUAAAGGUUGAUAAAAAAAUUACAAAAUCUAAGAGGAAAUCUAUGUUUAGUAGUGACAAAAAAGAAACCCCAAGUAAAAUGAGUUAUACAAGAAAGCGUAGUAAAAAAGGAUAA